AUGCCACAUGCCACAAAAUCUGCCAGCUCGAAUCCAUCGCUCUUCGGCGACUGGAAGACCGGCUUCGGCCCGCGAGUGUCACAGAGCGUGUGGCUGAGGGUAUCCCUGCUCGACCAUCGUGAUCCCUCGACGACAGAAGCUCCUACUCGGACGAUCCCGGACUGGACAGUACUGGACAACCAGCUCGUUGAAUCUGUGCCUGCCAAGCUGACUGGGAUCCGCGAGGUUCAUCAUGCGUCCAGUCGAACGAGAGGUGGCGAUAUUUUUGGCAUGAUAGAUGGGGUGUCGAUAUGGACAAGGACCGGGACUGGAGAGGCCAACGAGAGCAAGGGCAAGGGCAGGAGCAAACUCGUCAAUCACCGCUUGUAA